AUGGUUCGCAACAUGGCGGAUGCCCACAGCAUGGCUUUGGAUCUUGACCAGUGCAAACGCUUCGCCUCGAUCUUCGAUGACAACGGCGAUGGCCUUAUUGAACUCGAUGAGUUUGUGACCUUCUCCCGGUUCAUGAUUGUCAUGGCUUUCUUGCAUAGCCAGGAGGGUGAGCUCACAUUGUCCAUUGCCAUGGAACCAGAUGCCGUGGCCCAAAUGAAUGGCAUGGGAUCUUCUGCUGGCGGCGUUCCUCCGGGCACUCCACAGCAGAUGCCGAUGGAGAUGCCUAUGGAGCCGGCAGAGGAACCGGCAUCUCCGACCUCACCGGCUCACCUGGCCGUUGAUUGUGAGUUCUACAAGAAGAAGUCGGACAAGUUGAUGGAAGAGAACGAGAACAUGCGAGAGCGCCUCAGAGCAUUGGAAGAGGCGGUCCGCGCUUUGCAGGGCGUGGUUGAAGAACAGGACAUCAAGCUUCGACAUGCUGAAGUGGAUCUUCGGGCCAGUGGUUUCCGUUGA